AUGGGGGACGUCGCACAGGUCAAGGUGGUCUUCACCACCACUGAGCAAGACUUGGUGCUUCCAGAGUCCAAGCAACAACUGCUCGUUCCCGCAGACAUCAAGCGAUAUGGCCUCUCCCGCAUUCUCAACUCCGAGUCUAUGCUCGACACAUCCUCUCCCGUUCCCCUCGACUUCCUCGCCAAUGGCACAUUCCUUCGCACCUCUAUCGAAGAGUACCUCGCUACCAACGGUCUUUCUUCUGAAUCUACUCUGACUCUGCAGUACGUCCGAAGUCUGCUACCCCCAGUCUACGAGGCAAGCUUCGAGCACGACGACUGGGUCAGCGGCGUUGAUGUUCUGUCGGCAACUUCGAGGGCAGGUCUUCUGGCUGGUGGCGCAAACAUCCCUGAGCGAGUGGCCAGUGCUUCGUACGAUGGCCUAGUGAGAGUUUGGAACCCUUCUGGAGACGCAAUUGCUGUGUCUCCAGCUGGUCGUGCUGGUGGUCACACUCAGCGAGCCAAUUCUGUCAAGUGGAUUUCGCAAAAGCAGCUUGCUUCGGCUGGUUUGGAUCGCAAGGUUAUCGUCUGGAACUACAGCGAGUCUGAGGAUGGAUUCUCUGGUAGUCUCAAGCCCAGUAUGGAGCUUUGGGGCCACGAGAAGGAUAUCAACAGUCUUGAAGUGAACGGCGCUACCAAGCGCAUUCUUACAGCCUCUUCUGAUGGCAAGGUCGGUCUCUGGACAUCAUCAAAACAAACAGCUCCCCAGGCGGAUCCCGAGAGUCUCCCCUCUGCGCACAGCACCAAGCGAGCCAAGUUGGCGACUGCUGCCAACACUGCCCAGCGUGGUCCUCUUGCGCUGAUCCCAGUCCACGACGAGCCUGUUACUGCCGCCAUCUUCCAUCCCAACGAUGCGACAGUCGCCUACUCUGCAUCAAAAGAUCACACUGUUCGAACCAUCGAUUUAACGACACAGCGCGAGGUUAGCCGUCUCACAACAAUGCACCCGCUCCUUUCCGCGACGGCGCUUCCGGGAUCGUCGCUCAUCGCCGCUGGUUCGUCGGCCCGACAUAUCACUCUCCUCGACCCUCGCGAGUCAGCUACCACUACCUCAGCCAUGACUUUGCGCGGUCACGUCAACAUGGUUGUCUCCUUGUCCGCUUCGCCCGAGAACGACUACUCACUUGUCUCCGGCUCACACGACAGCACUUGCCGUGUUUGGGAUCUACGAAGCGUGAGGAUGGGUACCUCGGAAGAGGGUGGCGGCAGUGUCAGUGAACCUGUGUACACCAUUGGCAGAGAGUGGCUCAAGGGCAAGAAGCUUCCUCUUGCGGGUGAUGGAGCCAAGGUUCUCAGUGUAGCCUGGGAUAAGACUUGGGGUAUUGUGAGCGGUGGCGAGGACAAGAAGGUCCAGAUCAACCGUGGAAGGGACCUGUUCGGCUCAGGAUCAUAA